UUACCAGCUUGUCUCUCCGCUUGAAAUGGGUUCACAGUCCAUUCUGUUCACGCGUAAGUCGAAUAGGUACGAAAGCACCGAAAAACGGACGGCAAGACACCCAAAAUCCUCGAUAAUCCCUGGUAGCCCAUUAGAACUGGGCGUCGGUAGCUAUGGGUCUCGAUUUGGAUCGCUGUAUUGAGCAGCUGUACAACAAGCAGCUGCUGUCGGAAGCAGAGAUCAAGGAGAUCUGCGAAAAGACAAAGGAAUUAUUAAUGCAAGAGAGUAAUGUGCUUCACAUUAAAGCUCCUGUCACUGUUGUCGGUGAUAUUCAUGGCCAGUUUUACGAUCUCCUGGAAAUCUUUCGGAUAGGUGGAUUUUGUCCCGAUACAAAUUACUUAUUCUUAGGCGAUUACGUGGAUCGUGGACUGUACAGUGUUGAAACCAUCUCCUUACUCACUUGCCUCAAGUUGAGGUACCCUGGCCGAGUCCAGCUGGUUAGGGGAAAUCAUGAAUCAAGAGCAGUGACACAGACCUAUGGAUUUUAUACGGAGUGCACCAGGAAAUAUGGAUCACAUCACGUCUGGCAAUAUUUUACAGAUAUGUUCGACUUUUUGACCCUCUCGGUGGUGAUUGAUAAUUCAAUAUUUUGCGUUCACGGAGGUCUAUCACCCACCAUUCAUGUCCUGGAUCAAAUUAAAAUCUUGGAUAGAUUUCGAGAAAUUCCACACGAAGGUCCGAUGGCAGACCUGGUAUGGUCUGAUCCCGACCCAGAUAAAGAAGAUUUUGCGAUUUCAGCAAGAGGAGCUGGCUAUACCUUCGGUAGUCACAUCGUAGAGCGAUUUCUGGAUGCAAACAAAAUGUCGCAUAUCUUGAGAGCGCAUCAACUUUGCAAUGCGGGCUACCAGGUGCUUUUCAAUGACCAGCUGUCAACUGUGUGGUCUGCCCCGAACUACUGCUAUAGAUGUGGUAAUUUGGCUUCUAUCCUCGAGGUGGGUGUAGAAGGUGAACGAUACUUUAACGUCUUUGAUGCCGCGCCGGAAAACGAUAAGAACUUUCAAACCAACGUCCAGAAACCUCUGCAACUUGAUAACAAACAAGCCCAGUACUUCUUUUGAAAUGAGAUGAUAACUCAUCCUGUAGACAACUGUAUGAAAAAAUUGAUUCCAAUACUUGUAAUAUAACAACACUACUAUAACGAAUGCUGUAGAAAUUUACUGAAUAUACAUGGUGCAUGUAUUCGUUUAAGAUAGCAAUGAGUUGCCGUAGCAACAAAAGAUGUAAUCAUUAAGGAGAGAAGGGAACCCUAGUGGAUAGUUUGAAAAGGGGUAUGUAAGGCAAAGGCAAAAGAAGGAAGCUAGAGAAGUUAGGAAAUGAUGCAGCUCUUUCCAUCACUGGAGGAAGAAUCGUUCGAUCGGUAGGUUGCUAAAGCAACUUGCUCAGAUUCCGUUAAAGCCACCUGUUAAUUAUAUAGAGUUCAGUCAGUUAUGACAUGAAGCACUACUGGCGUUCAUCAUCAAUGAAUUUUUUAC